GGUAACGUUAUGGUUCCGCCUCUACUGUCGGUCCAACCAAGUCGGACAACAUGCCGCCUUCAAACAGGGCAGUCUACCCUCAGUAACUUUCCCUGUGAGGAGUUUUUCAAUGAUUGUCCGGAGCGUCAGUACGGGACGAACCCGGACUCCUCAUGGUCGACGCUGAAUCCUGAACCUUGACAUGUGGACGGGACUCACCUGAGGGGACUGCAGGUUUAUAGAGGAAAUACAACUUUCAGACAGGCUUGUUUUCUUGCGGGGUAUUUAUCACAGGAUUGGAUCAAAAAUGGGUGUGCUGUGGAUGAGCUACAUCUUCUUCCCGGCGUGUUGUUUUGGAUUAGUGUUUGGAAGCACCAACAAAUGCGACGAAGUGCGAAAAGUUUUCCAACUCCUGCAAAUUGGACCGAGUCAAUUAUUGCCUCAAAGUCCUCGACCAGGUUCAGACCUUCAGGUGUGCAUGUCCAAGAACCUGAGCUGCUGCACCAAGAAGAUGGAGGAGAAGUACCAAGUGGCGGCCCGGAGAGACAUCCAGAACCUCCUCCAGACGUCCAGCUCCAGCCUCAAGUUCCUUAUCUCACGUAAUGUCGCCACUUUUCAAGAGACCUUCGAGGUCCUGAUGAGGCAGGCAGAGAAUUACACCAACACCAUCCUCCACGAGUCGUACCGCACCAUGGCUGAUCGGGCUGUGGGCCCCGUGCAGGAACUCUUCACUGACAUCGGUCUCUUCCUGCUGGGCUCUGAACUCAACGUUGAUGACUUGGUGCAGAGAUUUUUCGAUUCUCUCUUCCCGCUGGUCUACAAUCACCUCAUCAACCCGGGCCUCAGUGACAUCUCAUUGGGCUAUGCCGAGUGUGUCAGGUUGUCUAGGCGGGAUGUGCGACCCUUCGGUGCAGCGCCAGGACUCCUGGCAGAUCAGAUUGCUCGCUCUGGGGUCUCUGGGAAGCUUCUGCUUCAAGCACUUCACCUUGGCAUCGAGGUCAUCAACACCACCGACCACCUGCAGCUGAGCCGAGAAUGCAGGCGGGCCCUUCUCAAGAUGCACUACUGUCCUCACUGCCAGGGAUUAACCCAGGCCAAGCCCUGCAUGGGGUACUGCCUGAACGUGAUGCGCGGCUGUUUAGCCAGCAUGGCAGAGAUUGAUGCUCACUGGAGGGAGUUUGUUCGCUCACUUGAGGGCCUGUCAACGCGGAUGCAGGGACCCCAGGAUUUAGAACAAGUGCUGCUGGGGGUUCACACGCUGCUUCAUGAUGCUGUUGGACACGCUCAGAAAAAUGGACCUCGUCUAUCAGCACAGGUGCACAAACUGUGUGGCCCAGCGAGCAGGAAGCCUGUGCAGUCAGUCAGCAUCCAGCACAGCAGCAGUAGAGAGUCCCUCCCUCUAAAAGGCCCUGUUAGAGUGUCAGGGGACUCGCUCGCUGUCAAAAGAAGGGACUUCCUGAACAGUUUACGUCUCUACCGAACGUACUACGGGGGCCUGGCCGAUCAGCUGUGUGUGAGCGAGCUGGCUUCUGGUGAUGGGCUCUCCUGCUGGAAUGGGACGGACAUUGUAAAAAGCUACACGCUGCGGGUGGUGGGCAACGGCAUAAAAGCUCAGAGUGACAACCCCGAGGUGAAAGUAAAGGGAGCGGACCCUGUGAUCAAUCAGAUCAUCGACAAACUGAAACACAUCAAUCAGUUGUUGCAGGGGAAGUCAAUUCCUAAACUGGGGUCUCUAGACCAGAUUGAAACAGGAAGUGGAGACGCAGAGGGGCGUUACAGCGGCGACUGCGACGAUGAGGAUGGUUGUGAUGGUUCAGGCGCUGGCGAGAACAGAAGGAAAGUCUCCAGAGUCUCCAAAAUGAGUCCAGAUGUGGCCGGUGAUCACAGACAACAUCAUCAUCAUUAUCCGCCUGCAGAGGACUCCGAAACGGAGGGCAGAUCCAGGAGCCUUGGACUGACAGGAGCCAUCUGGGUCUUGAUAUUGCCAUGUUUACAUAUGCUACUGGCCUUGUAACAGCUGCCCUUUUAGCAGCAAGAAACUUUCAAGACUUGAUAUCAAGCCUAUUAAUCCAGUGACGAAAAGGGCCAGUGGAUGGAACAAGCUCCAAUGUUUAAUGGAGCUGCACUUAGAAACAGUGAAGGACACAGCAGAAGUGAACACUGGUGAUUGUGUGGAAAUGACCGGACACUGUGGCUAUCAUUCAGCUUUGCAAAGAUUUUUUUUAUUGUUAAACUGGCAUUCCUCAACACUAAACAUUACUUAUUUAUAACAGCUGAUGUCAAAUUUAAGUAAAAACCUGCUAUUAAUUUAUAUAGAUGUACUUUUACAAUUUACAAAAUUAUACAAUUUGUAGGUUCAUAAAAAAAAAAUGCCUUGACACUGUAAUCUAGUCCGCACGAGACAUAUUGAACCUUUUUAAAUGAGGUUGAAAACUGCAGUGAAACAAGUGAAAUUAUCCAGAGAUUUAAAAAAUGCAAGAGGGCAUAGUCUUCACUUCAUGCAGUUUCAGUAUUUUGACAUGCUAACAUUCAGUUGGUUGGUUCUUUUAAAAUUAGGGCAGGAAUAACUUCUGUCUAUUAAUACAUGCUGUUUUUUUUAAUGGAAACUUAUUUAUGCCAAAGUGUUUCAUCUUGAGAUUAUUGUGUCAAACCUAAAGUAAACCCUAAGUGUACUGUAUGUCUCAAUAGACUGUUUUAGGAGGAACAAAAACACAAGCCUCCCUUAAUUUAAAAUGCUGCCAUGUUGUCCAGAGUCCAUUUAAUUAGAACAUUUCUAUUUCAAAUUGACCCGUAAUGCUGCUGCUGUGAGAAAUUGUGAAAGGAGAGGAGUGGGUAGGUGGAAAUGGGUGGGUGAGAGAAGUCAAAUUUCUUUCUUCUUUAGAAAUAGAUUAAUUUCCUCAGGAUUUUAUUCUUUCAAAGUCUAUCCUGCUCUGCCUUCACAGGCCUGGACAGAGCUGAUAGCUCCUGCAGCCACUGCUGAGGACAUACCUGGUUAGUUUUACUGUACAUGCUACCUGACUUCAUAUUUCUUGGCAGGGAAAAGAAAAAAAAACAUUUGGUUCACGUAUACCAAGCAUGUCCUGCAAUAGAUGAUGUGUGCUAAAUAUUAGAUUAUUUGGCUGAACUAUGUUCAGAAGUUCUACGUGGACAUGAUUCCAACAUUCUAGUCACUCCAUGUCUCCAUGGUAAUGAGUAAUCCUUGGUUGUUUUUUCUCAAGAUUUUAACUUAUUUAUCAGCCCAAGACAAACAUAGGAAUAGGCUUAAUUUACUUUAAUAGGACCAAUGGCAGCCUGGCAUGUUCCGGUCUGACCUAUCACAGUGACCCGCCUCUUUUUUUUUUUUUUUUAAAUUAAAAAUCAGAAACAGAAAAUUUUCCCAAGAAACAAGCAUUGUUAUCUCAAGGGGAUAAAUGAGUUGAGAUCUCAAGAAGAUAACCUGAAAUUACUUACUAUCACAGAAAAAUGGACUACAUGAAAUGUAUGGAGGCAUGUUUGCUUUGGGCUUCCGUAGUUGAGAAACUGAUGUUUGAAGCAAAAAGACAAAUCCUCUUCUUCUUAGAGGCUUAAAUUAAACUCUUUGCACCCAGAUUUAGCUAUACAAAUUAUUUGUGUUUGAACCGUAGAAACAAAAUAAGGAAAAUAAAAAAGCUGCUAAUGUCAAAAUAAGACCAUGUACACAAUGAUGAAACAUUUAAUUAAGUUUUUUUUAUUUUCAGGCCAUAGGUACAAUCUCCUCAGGCAGUGUGUGAUUUCAUACACUCUCUGAUCAUAUAUUAAAAGCUUGUGAUCUUCCUCACUCUAAAGCAUGCAUGGUUAUUUUAUGUCAUCAGUCUUUUCCUCCUUUAAUAUACCAGGAUCAGCUUUUAUCAUCAUAUACACUGAAGGCUGUUUAAGCAUCUGAAGCCCUUAAGUAGCUCAGAGCAUUUUUGACCAAAGUUUAUGAAGAUAUAAGAUCACUUUCUAUACUUUUAAAUUAAAUUAGGCUUUUUAGGUAAGAUUUACAACCAGCAAUAGUCCCUGCUUAACAACCUUAAUACAGUUAUUUAAUUCUCUAACAAGCCAGCACUACUCCUGAUAAAAGAAAGUAAUUACAUUACAGGUUGGCAACAUCAAAGUCAGUGCUAUUGUCAUUUGAACAAGCGUGUUAAUGACCAUAUUAGAGAAUAGUGUUCAUUUUCUACAGGCAUAGAGACAAAGUUGCCUUGAGGAUAAAUAUAGAUGUCAGGUUAUUCUGGUUCAUCUGUACUUAUAGGAAAGCGUUUAAUUUGAUGUCAUAUGUGAUUAUUAUUGCGACAUGUUGAGACAGUUAUCCAGAGGAGGGAGGGAAGAGGUCAGAUGCUCAGGAUGAUGAUGCUGCUGGUGUCAGUGGUGUACAUACAUACAUCAAAACAGGUGUCAUCCCGCAAGCUUUGCAACGUGUCAGAUUAAUAUGUUAGCUCUUGAAUGUCUGCAUAGAGAGUGAAUCAUUUAUUAGAAAAAGAAAUGUCUGUAAUAAUGCAGCUCCUUUUUUGACAAAAACUACUUUUCUUGCAGGAUUUUGUUUUGUACAACACUCAGUACAACUGCUUCUUAUGAUGACUUUCUUCUGGUUUUGUUUUGUACAACAGUCUUUAAAGGGAAAACAUGCUUCUUAUGACAACUUUCUUCUGGUUUUGUUCUGUUCAUACAUGGCUGGCUUUGCCGGCUCAAAUCUGUUUUUAAUGCUGUCCUCACCAAAGUACAGUAACUGUUGAGAUCUCGGAACUCAACUACUACAUCGUUGAAAAGGUCAGACAUUGCAAGAAAAAGGCUGUAAAACUUUCAGAAAUGUUGUAAAUAAAACCCCAAAGUAAGUGAAGCUUGUUUGGCAAAGUAAAAUGAUCGGAUGGACUAUCCAUUAAAUCAAUGACAGUUUUCACUGACGCCCGUAUGUAAACUUUAACAAAAGUACUUACAGUAUACCGAAAUGAUGCACACACAACAGAUUUUUAGAAACAUAAGCAGCUGCCAAGUAUUACGAUUUUAUUUGUCAUAUGCAAAGCGAUUUCACUCAAACAUUUGUAUUUGGCUGUGUAAUUCUGCUAUACUAUGAACAGAUUGUUGGCUUGGCACUGGACCUGUUUUAUAGCAAUAUCUCUGUGUUCCCAUAUCUCAGGAGUUAAAGAGGAAGUAGUAUUAAUUCAAUUUUAACAAAACAUGGUUGUACUUAUAGAUGAUUGUAGACAUACAAUUACUCCAUGAAUGCACAUAAGUUAACUUAGCUUGCCCUCCUGCUGUAUGCUGAGGCCUUCUGUCAUAAUCCGUCCUUUUUUGUCACGCUUCCUUCUGGUCAGACUCACAGAGAGAGCAGCCCACCUGCCUGUUAUCCAAUUACGUCCUAUUUCCCUUCUUGGGGAUCCCCAGGUGUUCCCGUACCUGCUGAGAGACUUAAUAGGAAGGUUUCUUGUGGCUUUAAAAGGAAUGAACUGGUUUUCCUCACUACAACUAAAUUCAAUUUCAAAAGACAAAAUGUAAAAUAUUUAUCCAGAGAAUGCUGUAUAUUUAUGUUCUGUCCUAUCUUUAAUAUAAACUAGAUGACAUGUUCAUAAUUUUCUAAUAAAAUGAUGUAAAAUAAAGAUUAUACAAUAAUUCUUGA